ACUCCCCACCCCCCACAGGUUCCACUGAUCGAUAGGAUAUUGUGAGGGUGGAACUAACCCAAAACAGCCAGUAACCUACAUACUAGUUAUGCACCAUAUAUGCCACAUAAAGAGAAAGGGGCUGACAGACCAUCCAUCAUCCACUGAAGAGGAGGAGGAGGAGGAAACGGAAGAAAGACAAUUAAAUUAAGAAAGAGUAGAGGGUUGAAAAGAAAGAAAAGAGACGGAACUAUAGAAUACAGACAGAGAAGAGGAAGAUCAAAUCUACAUUCGGACAAUAAAAGAUGGCUUAUUUGUUGGGGAAUGGGCUGCUUGCCCACGUUCACCUGCUCUUCCUGCUGUUGGCCACCGGGUCUCAUGUGCAGCCUGUCCAUGGAGGUUUGAGGGCAGAGGGACUGGUUGAAGGCACCACAGAAGUGAUCAGUCACUCACAGGGGCUGGUGGCACGGCUGGAGGGCCUUCUGGUGCUGGGAAAUAACAGUGACAUUUCCCUACGUGUGGAAACAGUGGAUGCGGAUGAGGUCAAGGUUAUCCAAGCCCACACGCUAGUGCUUUCACUGCAGAGCCGAGUGUUUGAGGAGAUGCUGAGAAACCGCAAUAGUAGCACGCUAGUUCUGCGAGAAACAGCAGAAUGCACUGCAGUGUUCGAGAAAUUCAUCAGAUAUCUGUAUUGUGGUGAACUCACACUGCAGUUAGACCAAGCCACACCACUGCACAGACUAGCUACCAAGUACAGCAUCUCCAGCCUCCAGCAAGGACUAACCCAGUACAUGAGCCAGAACCUGGCCAGCGAUUCUCUGGGGGGUCACGUGGUGGGCUGGUACCAGUAUGCCUUUUCGGUUGGUGACACGGUGCUGAAAGACAGCUGCCUUCAGUUUUUAUCGUGGAAUCUGUCAUCGGUGCUGCAGAGUGCAGAAUGGCCUUCGGUUAGUGUUGAAUUGUUAACGACCCUCCUGCAGCGCUCUGAUUUAGUGUUGAAGAACGAGCUGGAAUUGUUUGAGGCACUUGAAAUCUGGCUCACCCGGAAUGACCCAGACACCCUGACAGCAGAGAACGCCCUUCGACUUGUGCGCUACGCCAUGAUCCCUCCACGCGAACUGUUUCGCUUGCAGCGACAGUCGGCGAUCAUGACGCGCUACCACGAGUCGGUGCGUGAUCUUCUUUACAUGUCGUACCAGUUCCAUUCAGCUUCGCCGCUUCAGCUGGCCAAGUUCUUCGAUGUGAAUUGCAGCCUCUUCGUGCCCCGCAACUAUCUCUCAUCCAUGUGGGGAUCUCAGUGGGUCAUAAGCAACCCAGCACGGGAUGACCGCAGCACUAGUUUCCAGACCCAGUUGGGUCCGAGCGGUUUUGACUCCAGUAAGCGGGUGACUUGGAACGCCCUGUUCUCGCCCCGCUGGCUCCCUCUCAGCAUGCGGCCCAUGUACACUGAGCAAGGUGCCAUGCAGCCACCGCGGCCCGAUGGAGGAAGCGGCAUUGCUCGGCCUCGUGUCAUCAUCACGCCUGCUACUUCCAGUGCAGAUUUUGCAGGUGUCAGCUUCCAAAAGACUGUGCUCAUCUUGACGAAGCAGAAGAACAAGCUUGUGGUGCGACAUAUCUUCAGUUUCCACCAAAGCACAGAGGAGGUGGGGGAUUUCCUGCUUGGUGAGGACCUGCAAUAUCGCACGUCUGAGUACCUGGUGGACGGAUCGCUGUACUGUCACAUCAUUGUAAAGCCUAUCUACCAGACUCUUAUAGCAACCAAGAAAUAAUGGAACAACAAGUACACUGAAGUAGAAUAUAUUUAGAUUUAGAAGGUCUAAAGUUUUAUUGGUGCAUGGAAGAAAAUGUUUAGGUUUAAUGUGAUUAACACUAAUAAAGUGUGUCUCCACUGUCCUUACUCUGGAAAAAAGUUUUGAAAAUUAAAUGCAAUAAUCCUCAUGUACAAAAUUGAAGGGAUAGUUGUCACAGAAAUUAAAAUUCUGUCAUCUUUUACUUUAUUUUUUUCUAUGGAACACAAAAGGAGAUGUUUGGAGGAAUGUUAACGCUGCUCUCUUUAAUAUAGCGAAAAUGGGUGGAGAACCGGACCUGUCAAGUUCUGUAAAGCACAAAAACACUACUAAUACUUCUUAAAAGUAUCCACAUGAGGCAUGCGUGACAAGCUUUCUAAAUAAUAAUAUUCUGUGAAGAACAGACUGAAAUUUAAGUUGAAAAUUUUGCCUCGUGGUCAAGAACAGCU